CGGCGUAAUGAGAGGCGGCCCUCGCGCGGGCGACCCGCUCACAGCUCCACGCUGAGGCUCAAACUUUGGUAGACUGCGCGGUCCGCGGCGGCAGAGUCCUCCCACGGCGUGUUUCGAGAACAGCGACAUAGUUUUAGCUUUCAUUUUGAACAGCCAUGACGUUCAGGAGACUAAAGAAGGUGAACUCCAACGGGCCGGAGAGCGGACCCGCUUCUCAGGACGACAUUUAUUUCCCUUCGUCAAAGUCAGACAGCUGCCGGACUGUGGACAUGCCGACAAACUCCACGGAGGUUUAUAACUACAAGACACUGGCAUACUCCGGCGGGACGCUGCCCAGAAACUUCAAAAAGGGUGGCGGGCCGCAGAAAUGGAAACCCCUUAUGCAAACUCCAGAACCACAAAGGAAGGUGGUGGUUCUGGAGAAAAGCGAAGAGGAGACAUUUGGUUUUGAGAUUCAGACUUAUGGCCUCCACCAUCAGGACCAAAACUCUGUGGAGAUGUGCACGUUUGUGUGCAAGGUGCAUGAGGACAGCCCCGCCCAACAAGCCGGACUUAAAGUUGGGGACACCAUAGCCAGUGUGAAUGAGGCCACUGUGGAGGGGUAUCGACACAAGGACAUUGUUCAGCUCAUCAGGGCCUGUGGCAACACCCUCAGGCUGGAGACGGUUUACAGCGACUCGAUUCGAAAAGCCGAGCUGGAGGCCCGGCUGCAGUUUCUGAAGCAAACUCUUCAUGAGAAGUGGGACGAGUAUCGCUCGUUGAUGGUGCAGGAGCAGAGACUUGUUCACGGCAUCGUGAUGAGCGACGCGGCGGUGUACGAGUCCCUGGAGUGUGCGGGCGUGUACGGCAGCCUGGGCGCUCCCAGCCCCGCGGCCCGCCGGGCGCUGCGCUGCAGCACCAGCACCAGCAGCAGUGCCAGCCUGCUGAGCACGGCCACGGAGGACGAGCCCCUGUACCAGACCUGCCUGUUCCAGCCCCACGCCGCCGCCGAGGAGCCCAAAGAGACGCCGGCGCAGAGGCCGCAGCGCCUCCGGCCCGCCAGCGAGCUCUUCGCCACGGCCAAGACCCACCUGACCCGCAGCGCCAGCACCCGCAGCUACGUGAGGGGCUCGUCCUCGCAGAGCAGCGGGGAGAAGCCCGGCUCGCUGCAGAGGAAGCCCAAGCAGAAGAGCUUCCGCAGGCGCAUCCUCAAGUUCAUCCCCGGCCUGAACCGACCCCUGGAGGAGGAGGAGAGUAAGCUCUGA